GCUGGAAGUGGAUAGGACACACAUUGAGGAAAGCACCCAACUGCGUCACAAGAUAAGCCCUCACAUGGAAUCCUCAAGGUCAAAGGAAAAGAGGAAGACCAAAGAACACAUUACACCGAGAAAUGGAGACAGACAUUAGAAAAAUGAAUAAAAAUAGGAUAGAACUGCAAAGGAAGGCCCAGGACAGAGUGGGUUGGAGAAUGCCGGUCGGCGGCCUGUGCUCCAUUGGGAGUAACAGGCGUAAGUAAGUAAGUAACUGAAUAGUGGGAGGCAGAGGAGGUUCAAUUUUAGGUAACUUAAUUAUCUGUUCCAUCGUAACGAAGAUAUAAUACAUCAACGAGCAGGAAAAAAGUUCAAAAAUAUGAAAAUUUUAUCACAAUAUGUAAAAAUAAAAUUGAAAAAUGAUAUAUCAGGUUCCAACAAGGAACAUACUCGCAGUUCACUAGUUAGUGUACCAGAUCACGUCGUUCUCAUCACUAAAGAUGUCACAAGUAUUCGGAGUUUUACAACAAUUUUAUCAAUAACACUUUUACAUUCUAAGUAUGCUAACCCAGUCAAAUCAGAAGUCAUAAGUGAAGAGGUUCAAAGAUAUAAUUUAAAGGCUAUCGAUAUGUCGAGAAUCGAUCGGUCUAAGCCGGCUAACAGCUGCAAGGGAUGUGUAACACAGUGUACCAACUCGUGGACUAUUGCGGAUGUGUGACCGAGCGCCUUCAGCGAGGUGAGUCCAGUAAAACCAGUGCGGUCAGCACCAAAUGCCGAAGGCUUAUAGGACUGUUUAUUUUGGGGAUUUAUUUAUCGCUACCAUCUGAACCCGAAGUCUACUUACAUUCAAACAUAUCAUUCCACUAAUCUCUAUUAUUAUUAUCAUUCACAAACAGCUUACGGGUGCAUAAGUGAUGUGAAGAAACCGUUUCGGGUUCCUACAGAAAUGGAAUAAUGCACAAGUUUCAAUAAUGUUGGCAUAAUAUUUACCAUAUUUGAAAAAAAACAGGUUAUGUGCAAUUGAAAUGAAUAUUGAGGUGACCUUAAAGAAGGAAAGGGAGAAAAUAAGGUAAUGGCAAUGAGGGGAACUCGAAAUACACAGUUUAAGAAGCGUGUUUGUGAACCCAAAACAAGAAUAAACGACUAUGUAUGUAUCGUCAAAUGGAUAACAAGAAGAAAAAAAAUUGAAAUUAAAUGAAGAAAUGAGAAAAUAACUUAUUAUUGCUGCAAGAUAUGAAAGUAGAAUAAGUGUUUGUGCAGUAAUGGUUUGGAGUGAUGCUAUGAAGUCCCAAUUACUUGCAAAGGAUAAUCAAGUAUCAUUAUGUUUGAGUCACAUAUACAUAGUGAAAAUAAAAUGAAUCUGAGAAGUUAGUUCAAGUGUAACACAAGAUAUUGUCUUAAUUACAAACUCCGGAUAGUUAAGAACAACAUUUAUUUAGAAAGAAGGGAGAGAGAGAAAAAGAAAUGAAUACCUACUGAAAGUGUUCAACCAUAAUAAUAAGAGUGCAAUGAAUUUCGACCUCUGAAG